GGGCCCAUUGUUGGAAAAGUUUGGAAGCAAAUGGGUGCUUCUUGCCAGUUCACUUAUUUUUAUUACGGCUUUUAUACUUCUUAUGAUUGCCUCCAAGGUGUGGAUGUUAAUUAUGGCUCGUGGAAUACAGGGUUUUGCAAGUGGAUUUGUUAUGGCCGCUACACCAAUGUAUGUGGGAGAAAUUUCUUCGGAUAGUGUAAGAGGUACCACAGGAUCUUUUAUAAAUUUAUUUAUGCAAAGUGGCAUCCUUUAUGUUUACAUCAUAGGUCCUUAUGUCUCCUAUCAAAUACUGCAAUGGUCUUGCCUUGCCAUACCCAUAGUCUUUGAUGUUUGCUUCGUUUUUAUGCCAGAGACUCCUUAUUAUUUAAUGGGUAAAAAACGUCAAGAAGAUGCCCAAAAAUCAUUGCAAUUCCUGCGUGGUCAAAGUGCCGAGGGAGUACAAAGUGAAAUGGCCCUCAUACAAAUGGCUGUGGAUGAGGCCCAAGCCAACAAGGGAUCAUUUAUGUUCCAGCAGUUUUGCGGCAUCGAUGUGGUCCUCUUCAAUGCCCAAUCGAUAUUUGCCAACACUGCUACAGAUUUGGAUCCACCCAUUGCCGCCAUCAUUGUGGGCUUGGUACAGGUGUUCUCAUCCGGUGUGGCUUCCUACAUAGCCUAUUAUUUUGGACGCAAACUCUUAUUGCUCAUCUCGGCUGGUGUUAUGACUCUAUGCCUAACUAGUCUGGGAGUUUUUUUCUUUGUGAAAAUGGAUACCGGAGAUAUAUCCUCGAUUUUGUGGCUUCCCAUAGCAGUUCUUGUCUUGGACAGCUUUGCCUUUUGCAUUGGUUUUGGAGCUCUGCCCAUGGCUAUAAUGGGUGAAAUAUUUGCACCUAAUGUUAGAUACUCAGCGGCCACCAUUGUAACAUCGUUGAUGUUUAUCACUCCCUUUAUUGCUGGACCCUUGUCGAAGAGAGUUGGUCGUAAAUGGGUGCUUCACUCCAGUUCAAUUAUUCAAAUUGUGGGCAUUGUUCUUACUAUGGUCGCUUCCAAGGUGUGGAUGUUAAUUAUGGGUCGUGGAAUACAGGGAUUCGCAAGUGGAUUUGUUUUGGCUGCUGCACCAAUUUAUGUGGGAGAAAUCUCAUCGGACAGUGUGAGAGGUACCACAGGAUCUUUUUUAAAUUUAUUUAUUCAAAUUGGCAUUCUUUAUGUUUACAUCAUAGGGCCCUAUGUCUCCUAUCAAACGCUACAGUGGUGUUGCCUAGCCAUACCCAUAGUCUUUGCAGUGUGUUUCAUUUUCAUGCCUGAAAGUCCUUAUUAUUUAGUGGGCAUAAAUCGUCAAGAAGAUGCCCAACAAUCUUUACAAUUUCUGCGUGGUCAGAGUGCCGAAGGUGUACAAAAUGAAACCCUCAUACAAGCCGCAGUGGAUGAGGCCCAAGCCAACAAGGGAUCAUUUAGGGACUUAUUUGGCAGCAAUGGCAAUCGCAAAGCCUUAUUAAUAACCUGCGGUCUCAUAGUGUUCCAGCAGACAUGCGGCAUUAAUGUGGUCCUCUUCAAUGCUCAAACGAUAUUUGCUCAUACUGGUACAGAUUUGGAUCCAGCUAUUGCCACCAUUAUAGUGGGCUUAGUACAGGUGUCCUCAUCGGCAUUGGCUUCCUUUACAGCAUAUUAUUUCGGCCGCAAACUUUUGUUGCUUAUCUCGGCUGGUAUUAUGACUUUAUGUCUAACUAGUCUGGGAAUCUUUUUCUACAUGAAAAUGUAUACAGCAGAUAUAUCCUUGAUUUUGUGGCUCCCCAUAGCAGCUCUGGUCCUGGACAGCUUUGCCUACUGCAUUGGUUUUGGAGCUUUGCCCAUGGCUAUAGUGGGUGAAAUAUUUGCACCCAAUGUCAAAUCAUCAGCUGUCUCAAUUGUAACUUCCAUGUUGUUCAUCAGCAGUUUCGCCUCAAUUUAUCUUUACCCCAUCCUUGUUGGUUGCGGCAUCAAUUAUGUCUUUUGGGGUUUUGGUCUAAUCUGUACAAUGGCCUUCGUUUUUGUCAAGCUUAUGGUAUUUGAGACAAGAGGCCUUAGUUUGCUGGAAAUCCAGGAUAUACUGCAUGCUAAAAAAAACUAAU